AUGGGGGCAAAAGAGCUCAGCUCUGUACAGCAGGAGCUUUUUGAGGCGGUGAGACGAGGCGAUGCAUUGAAGGUGCAAACCUGGUUGUCCAGUAAGCGAAACCAGCGACCGCGGACACCGCUCAACUUUUUACGUUCCUCCGCAUCGUCCAAUUCAGCAUGGCUGUGCUCGAUUGUGGAUCCAUCAAACGGGUAUACAGUACUGCAUCUUGCCGCUUUAUUAGGCCACAAAGAGGUAGUUCGAAUAUUGCUCGGCGUUGACUCACAGUUGGCAGGGGUGAGAGACCGACGAGGCUGCUUACCAAUACAUCUGGCAGCGUGGAAUGGACAUGUGGAUGCGCUGCAGCUUUUAAUUGAUGCAGAUCCCAGUACAGUUGAUGCAGUGAACAACGCCAAGGAGUCACCACUGCAUCUGUCGGCGCAACACGGUCAUGGCAAAGUGGUCGCUGCUUUACUCGCUAAGCAUGCCGAUGCACGGCUGAGGAAUGCUCGAUCUGAAACCGCACUUGAUGUAGCGGCACGUCUUGGCAAGGCAAACGUUUGUCGCUUGAUCAUAUGCAGUUGUCCAGAAUUAGCACUGCAGGUUAGCAUUUUAUACUUUUAA